GCUGCGCGGCGGGACCCGUGGCCGGCUCGAGGCCGUGGUGCAGUGACUCGGGAGUCUGAUUCCCCUCCCUCCGGGAAGGUGUAGGGUGGUAACCCGCCCUUGCCUGUCUGUCUGUAGGCCCGGGACUGGCCGGUAACUUCGUGGAGACCCAUGCGGGACGGAGCGGCGCGGUGAGGGCGCGCGCGCGCGCGCGCGCGCGUGGACGGGGAGCAUCCGAGGGGUGCGCAUCCCGGCACCAUGUCCAUGCUGCCCACGUUCGGCUUCACGCAGGAGCAAGUGGCGUGCGUGUGCGAGGUGCUGCAGCAGGGCGGUAACAUCGAGCGGCUGGGCCGCUUCCUGUGGUCCCUGCCCGCCUGCGAACACCUCCACAAAAAUGAGAGCGUGCUCAAAGCCAAGGCCGUGGUGGCCUUCCACCGGGGCAACUUCCGCGAGCUCUACAAGAUCCUGGAGAGCCACCAGUUCUCGCCGCACAACCACGCCAAGCUGCAGCAGCUCUGGCUCAAGGCUCACUACAUCGAGGCCGAGAAGCUGCGCGGCCGGCCCCUGGGCGCCGUGGGCAAGUACCGCGUGCGCCGUAAGUUCCCGCUGCCCCGCUCCAUCUGGGACGGCGAGGAGACCAGCUACUGCUUCAAGGAGAAGAGCCGCAGCGUGCUGCGCGAAUGGUACGCGCACAACCCCUACCCGUCCCCGCGCGAGAAGCGCGAGCUGGCCGAAGCCACGGGCCUCACCACCACGCAGGUCAGCAACUGGUUCAAGAACCGGCGACAGCGAGACCGGGCGGCCGAGGCCAAAGAAAGGGAAAACAGCGAGAACUCCAAUUCCAGCAGCCAUAACCCCCUGGCGUCCUCCCUCAACGGCAGCGGCAAGUCUGUGCUAGGCAGCUCCGAGGACGAGAAGACGCCGUCGGGGACUCCAGACCACUCUGUGUCCAGCCCGGCCCUGCUGCUCAGCCCACCACCGCCUCCUGGGCUCCCCUCCCUGCACAGCCUGGGCCACCCGCAGGGACCCAGCGCGGUCCCCGUGCCCGUGCCCGGGCAGGGUGGUGGAGGUGGUGGCGGAGACCCUCUGCAGCAUCACCACAGCCUACAGGACUCCAUCCUCAACCCGAUGUCGGCCAACCUCGUGGAUUUGGGCUCCUAGAGCUCCGUGGGGGGGACUCCGGGGCACUUGUCCUGCAGGCCCAGCGCCCGAGGAGGCCCAAGAGAGACCAGAGAGAGAGAGAGAGAGAGAGAGAGAGAGAGAGAGAGGUGCGUGCAGGUACUGAAAGACGGACCCACCCGGCAGAGACACCCGGAUAGGACUAAAGCGCACGGCUGUUUGCUUGGGGCACUUUUGCAGAAUUUAUUUUCAACAAGUUGUUUGAGAUCUUUCGGAGGCCAGGGACCGUGUCUUGAGCCAGGCAAGGGAAUAAAUUAUAUUCCAUUCCCAAUCUCUUAACCCCCCCCCUUCCCUGUGCGCAUUUUCUCCCUCUCUCUCUCUCUCUCUUUUUCCCCCUCAGUUCUCCCCUUCUCUUCCCUUUCUCUUUCCUCUCUUUCACUGCUUUUGCUUUAACCCUUUCUCUUUCUUUUCUCCCCUUCUGGCUUUCCCUCCUUUUUGUUUCCCUUUGGAUUUCUGGAUCGCUGUCGGUUUCGCUCCCAGCAGCGUCUUUCGCUCUGUCCUGACCUCUCAAGUGUGUAACGCCAGUCUCAGUCGUUCUUCAUUCUGGAUCGUCUUUUUGCACUCCCCCACCCCUAUCCCUCCCUUUCUGCGAGUGUUGGAAGGAGGGGGAGGAGGACAGUCAGAGCCUUGGAACUACCUUGGCCCGCUCCGAAGGCUGCGUCCCCAGAAGGUCCCUUACCUCCGCUGACGUCAGCCGCAGGUGUCAGCUUUUUUUUUUUUUUUUUUGACAAAUCAGUGAAUGAGAAAGGGUUGCAUCCCAGCAACCCCAGGACAGCUCUCCCUCCCCCCCCCCUUCUCCCUUUCUUUCCCCUCCUCCUUGCCUCCGGCUCUCCUCCUUCUCCGCCUGCUCCAGGAACUUGCCGUUUCCCUGUUCAUACCUUCAUGUGAAUGUUCAUCGGAAGAUAUUUCUGCUUUUAUUUUAUAAUAAAAUUAGAAACCAUAAAUAUAUAUAUAUAUAUAUAUGGAUAUAUGCCACGA